UCAGCCCCUCCGCGGCCCCCGAAACUGCUCCGGAGUAAGAUCCCAUAAUGAAACACAAACAGUAGAAACGCACCUGGUCUGCUGUCUGGUCUUAUCUCAGUUGUGCAGACCAGCCACGGUCGGUUGGUGUCGCGAAUCGAGCACACCGUUUCAAGCGUGGGCGUCGAUGACAGGAGACUUGAAAUUUCGCGGAUGUUUGUACACGAACUGAACGGGGAAGGACGAUUUCUUGGGAACUGGGGGAGUGGGUCUCGGACCGAGGUAGAAUGAAUUUGUUAAAGCAUAGACGCUGUCCUGUAAAAUUUUAUAUAUGAAAAUUAUUUCGCCUGGAGCGAAAGAUAACUGGAAGCAACAAAAUGGCAAAUCCUGUAAGGAGAAUGAAUACUAUAAUGAAGAUGCAGAUCGGUGCUGCUCGUUGUGCCCUCCAGGGACAUAUCGAGAGACACUCUGCACAUCUGGACACGACACGGUCUGUACUGACUGCCAACGGAACACGUUCAAGGAGGAGUGGAGCAACUCGUAUGAGUGCACACGCUGUGUGGGAGUAUGCACAGAUCCUCUGCGACAAAUUCAAAGCUGUACCAAGAAGACAAAGCAAAUCUGCGAGUGUAAACCCGGGAUGUUCUGCAAAACUCCAAGCAAAGACUACUGCUUGCAAUGUUUUGAACACAGCGUUUGCAACGAGGGAGAAUACUUGAUUAUCGCAGGAAAUGCCACAAAGGACAAUGUUUGUGGACCCUGCCCAGAAGGCACAUUCUCAAGUAAGAAGUCUGUCUCCACCAAGUGCCAGCCAUAUGUUAAAUGUGCCAAAUUGUUGAAAAAAGGCACAGCAACUACGGAUGCAGUGUGCGACAAUUCCUUCAGCCCAGAAGCCACUACGCUCAAGACUGGCAUGAGCAAGUUGAACUUGUCCAAGGCAUCCACAUCUUCACCAGUGCAACUUCUGACCACUCUGAGGGUAGAUCAUCUGACAACGUUAUCCACUCCCGCAGGAAAUAAACAGAUGGUUAAUCUGCUUCUGCCAGUCGGACUGUCCCUUGCACUUGUGCUGAUACUUGUCAUUUCCAGUUUGCUGUUCCGCCGGAAGAAUUAUUUCAAAAGUCUACUCUUGUCCAACAGAGCCAAAGGUUCCAUCUAUAUCAUGAGCCCUCGCACAGUGUACGUGGGAGUGGAAACCAGCGAUUGUGUCAGCUCCGGUCAGCAGGACCCCAUUGUUAAACCUCCGGAGUCCCUCAUCCCCUUUCCUCAGCAGGAGUCGAUGAAGUCUUUGAGUAUAGGAGAGAGCCAUGUCUUCCCAGUGGAGGAGGAGGGGAAGAUCUUCCAUGAGCCGAUGCCAGCAGCCGACUGCUAACAGCUGGAAUAAGUUCAACUGGCAAAGAUUGUGGAUAUCGGCAGCUGAUGUCGGACACAGAUGGCAGUGCUGAUCUUACUGAAGUGCUUGAGGAAAAAUUACCAAUCUUAUUAUAUAAUUGAACAACAAACUCAAGCACACUGACUCAGAACGGGGAAGAUUUUCUGGUAUUUAUGUAACUAUUGUCUUCUUGCUGGCUGUGAGGGAUCUUUGCUGCUUAAAGGGACCUGCACUGGAGAUCAGCUCCCUAGUAAUGGGAGAAACCGGCGACGCAGGAAUACUACCGUACUCAGAUGUAGAAGGAUUUUUCAUUGCUGUUUCUGAAACUAUUUUGUUUUACCGGUCAGGGUUGUUAGCCCUGAGCCGAACAUGGAGGACCGGUGGACCACUCUCAGUCUGACCUCCGCCCUUUGACCUGUUUGGGAUGGGUGACCCUACCAAGAGCCAAAGCAUAAAGUCCUGACUCCAGCCAACAUAGCUCUCCGGGUCAUUGAGGACCGUAGGCCUCCAGACCCAAUGACAAGUUCGUGGUCAUCUUGGAGGGUCUUCUUGUAUAAGACACCAAAAGUCUGAAAUACUUAACCAUGAAUUUUUGUCUGAAUAUAUUGAAUGUUGUUGAUGGAUAACUGGUAACAAACAGAAAUUAAAGGCUAGCCAGAAUGGGUUCAGAAGUGAGGUGGGCUUUUCUUGUGGAACAUUUUCUUUGGAGCUGGGGAAGAUUUUGUUGGUUGAGAACACGUGUAAUUUUAUUAUUUUAUUCUGUUAUACGCUGUGACAUUGUCAAAUCAAGCUGUCCUCAAAUGU